UCAUUUCGUAUUCUCAGCAACUUUUAGGAGAUUUUCAGCCAUGAGCAGCUCUUCGGUGGCGUUACUGGUCCUCUCCUGCCUUGUUGCUCUCUCUAGGUCUGAGCUCGGCGGAUGCUAUGACAGCGCGGAGUUUUGUAUGCCAGAACCAGAUGCACUCAAAGGAUUUUUCUGGAUAUCAUGCAAAGGUUACUGUAAAGACUGCCAAGGAAAAGCAGAUGGCCAGUGCGUACAGGUCUUUAACGGUGAAUGCGAUGGUGGAUGGCAAUGCCAGUGCAAAGGUGACGAUCGUCCAAAAUCACUGAAUCCUUUCGUACAGAAGGAUUGUGCAUUAUGGCCGUGAAUUGUUUAUUACAAAAGUUCUUCUAAUAAACUGGCUAGUCCCAGGAAUUUCGAUUAGCUACUUGUGAUUGUUGUUCGCUGUUGUGCGUUGUAAAUUAAAGAUGAAAAGUCUGAGAAUUCAAAUAAAAAUUCCACAAA